UUUACUCAACCGCAACAGGCCAGCAUGCUGAUGAGUCCACAAUCCCAGUACAGUAACGAUGAUUGCAGUCUGAUGAGCAACGUCAUGUCUCCUCAAACACCGCAGCACCAUCAGAUGAUGUCACCGAUGAUGCCGGAGAAUGCUAGUGCACCGCUUACCCCGAGUGCGACCCACAACAACAACAACAGCUUUGCCACCGCACAACCCCUGCAAAACCUUCAACCUACACCAGUACAGUGUGCGGUUGCACACAACAGUGGUAACGGUGGGCAGAACUUCAACCGUGGUCCCAAUUACGGUCUGAACAAUGGUGGUCAAUGUUACACACAACACCAGCAACAACAGCCGCAGCAACAUCAACAGCAGCAGCAGCAGCAACAACCAACGAAUGAUCUUAACCGCCCGAUUGCUUGUUCGAAUCUAAUCGGUUACUAUCAUCGAACCGAUCAGAGUGCACACCAUUGCUGUUUGGCAAUGAUGAUGCAAGGAUCGCUUCACAUUAACCAACCCCCAGUUGCCCCGGGAACCAGUGGCCAACAGCAGCAACAGCAACAGCAACAGCAAAUGCACCAAGGCCAGCAUCACCAACAACCGCAGCAGCAACAGCAACAACCACAAAGCAAUCAGUUCAAAAAUCCGUUCAGUCUGAAUGUUGCCAGCUUCGCGACCAGUGGCCAUCACCAAAGGGACACACUGGAUGCGGGUGCCGUUUGCAGUAACACAAACUCCGAAAUCCAGUGUGGUGACAUCAGCCAAUCACAAAUGUCUCCAGCAAUUGCGGCGAUGGCUCCGGUGCCCAAUGCAACGAUGCAUGCACGCCAGCAGCUACCGCUCGUCUCCAACCAAACUGGCAUGCAACAGCAACAGCAGCAGCAACAGCAACAGCAGUCAUCGGCCGUGGUUGCACCGACGCAACCGAUGGAAAGUAGUUUGCAGACGCCACCGUUACCAUCGUCACCGACUGGAUUCGGUGAUCUCGCUGCCGCUGGAGCUCCACCCGCACUUCCGAUGUCGCUAACGGAGGACAAUGGUUUGGGGACGAUCACGGCAGCUGCGGCGGCAUUGGCGAAUGGUGGGAGCAAUGCUGCCAUGGGCAGCGAAUCAUACCAGCGUACUCUCGAGUAUGUACAAAAUUGCCAAAAUUGGAGCGAAUCGGCGGCCGAUAUGGUCAGCAGUAGUACGCACCCAUCGUCGAAUCUCGUCAUCAACGAUAUGAGCACGUCGUUGAGCUCAUACUUCGAGGAGGAUCGCUAUUUGCAGAUGAUCCAGUAACUAUCCUAGUGUUUUGUGACGUUCACGUCGAUCAUGCCAUAAACGUUUGCACGUGAAAUUGUAUACAGAGAAAGAGAGAAAUAGAGCGACAUCAAGUACAGGCUGGCGAGUAGAUUGAUGGUCCAGAGAUUCCUAUAGAUUUUAAUGCUUUCCACUCCUCUGGUGCAGUCCGCUGGCGCCGAGUGUGAAUGACUGUUUGAUGCUACGUCUACUCUAACGUCCCUUCCUUGUGUAGUGUAAAAAACAACUCAUGUAAAGUUAGUAUCUGUAAUGAUAAUGCAUUUCUAAGGAAUAUUUCGUUGAUUGAUCGUUAUAAAGUGAAUAGACUAGUGGAAAGAAGAGUGAAGCCAUGAAGCCACGCAGCUGGCAGCUACUGAAGUAAACGGUAUCCAAGGUAGAGCCGUAGUUGUAGAACGUAAGGUACCAGUAUGUGAAGCGGAAUCCUUUUAGGCACAGGAUGCUAAAGGAAUGUUGAAUUUAGCUGUUUCAACGUAAGCAUGAAUU